AUGAGCCGAAGAGUGAGGAGGAAAGUGGCAAGAAAAGGAAAAGGGAAUGUGGUUUCAAGUUUCCCUGGAAUUGAAGAUGAGGUUGCGGAUUUGGAGCCUGGAGGAGUUGUUGAUUGGAGGAGCUUACCUGAUGAUACGGUAAUUCAGCUACUGUCAUGUCUGAGUUAUCGAGACCGAGCUAGUUUAUCAGCAACUUGUAAGACAUGGAGGGUUCUCGGGAACUCUCCGUGUUUGUGGACUUCUUUGGAUCUUCGUUCACACAAGUUUGAUGCCAAUGUUGCAUCUUCACUUGCUUCUAGAUGUGUGCAUCUACAGAAGCUUAGGUUUCGUGGGGCGGAGUCUGCUGAUGCACUGCUUCAUCUUCGAGCUAAGAACUUGCGUGAAAUAAGUGGGGAUAGUUGUAGGAAGAUGACUGAUGCAACUCUUGCUGUCGUUGCAGCCCGGCAUGAGUUACUUGAGAGUCUUCAGCUUGGACCAGAUUUUUGUGAUAAAGUCACUAGUGAUGCUAUAAAAUCAAUAGCUCAUUGCUGUCCUAAUUUGAAUAAACUCAGGCUCUCAGGCAUUAGGGAUGUAAAUGCUGAUGCUAUUAAUGCAUUGGCUAACUAUUGUCCUAAGCUGACUGAUAUCGGGUUCAUCGACUGCCUGAGUGUUGAUGAGCUUGCAUUGGGAAAUGUGCAAUCAGUUCGUUUCCUUUCUGUUGCAGGGACACCAAGUAUGAAGUGGAGUACGGUUUCACAUCUUUGGCAUAAGCUUCCUAAUCUGAUUGGAUUAGAUGUUUCAAGAACCGAUAUUGGUCCCUCUGCUGUUUCAAGAUUGCUAUCCUCGUCAACAAAUUUGAGGGUUUUGAUUGCUUUGAACUGUCCUAUCUUUGAAGAAGAGACUAGCUUUUCUGCUAGUAAAUAUAAAAACAAGUUGUUGAUUUCCCUAACCACGGACAUUUUUAAAGGACUAGCUUCUUUGUUUUUCGAUAAUACAAAUAGAGGAAAGAAUGUGUUUUUGGACUGGAGGACUUCAAAGAGUAAUAAUGAUAAGGAUCUUGAUGAAAUUAUACCUUGGCUUGAAUGGAUGCUAUCGCAUAUACUUUUGCGUUCUGCUGAGAGCCCUCAACAAGGACUUCUUGAUCAUUUCUGGGUUGGACAAGGUGCGUCUCUCUUGCUUAGUCUAAUGCAGAGUUCUCAAGAGGACGUUCAAGAGAGGGCAGCCACAGGUCUUGCAACUUUUGUUGUGAUUGAUGAUGAAAAUGCGAGCAUCGAUUGUGGAAGGGCUGAAGCAGUAAUGCGAGAUGGUGGCAUUCGCCUCCUUCUUGGGCUUGCAAAAUCUUAUAGGGAAGGGCUUCAGUCUGAGGCAGCUAAGGCUAUUGCAAAUUUGUCUGUGAAUGCCAAUGUGGCCAAGGCGGUUGCAGAAGAGGGUGGGAUUGAGAUCCUCGCUAGUUUGGCUAGGUCAAUGAACAAACUUGUGGCUGAAGAGGCUGCUGGAGGAUUGUGGAACCUCUCUGUUGGAGAGGAGCACAAGGGUGCCAUUGCUGAAGCUGGUGGAGUACAAGCUUUAGUGGAUCUUAUAUUCAAGUGGUCCUCUACAGGAGAUGGAGUUUUAGAACGUGCAGCUGGUGCAUUGGCUAAUUUAGCCGCUGAUGACAAGUGUAGUACAGAGGUUGCACUGGCAGGAGGUGUACAUGCUCUAGUGAUGCUUGCUCGUAAUUGUAAAUACGAGGGAGUGCAAGAGCAGGCUGCUCGUGCAAUGGCCAAUUUAGCUGCUCAUGGAGAUAGCAACAGCAAUAAUGCUGCUGUCGGACAAGAAGCAGGUGCUCUUGAGGCUCUCGUUCAACUUACACGGUCUCCCAACGAGGGUGUCAGGCAAGAAGCUGCCGGUGCACUUUGGAAUUUGUCAUUUGAUGAUAGAAAUCGAGAAGCCAUUGCAGCAGCUGGUGGAGUUCAAGCUUUGGUUGCUCUUGCCCAAUCUUGUUCUAAUGCUUCCCCCGGGCUUCAAGAGAGGGCUGCUGGUGCUCUAUGGGGACUGUCAGUUUCUGAAGCCAAUAGCAUUGCCAUUGGACGAGAAGGAGGCGUUGCACCUCUGAUUGCAUUGGCACGAUCUGAAGCAGAGGAUGUUCAUGAAACUGCUGCAGGAGCACUAUGGAAUCUUGCUUUCAACCCUGGCAAUGCUUUACGAAUCGUGGAGGAAGGUGGAGUAGCGGCACUCGUUGAUCUCUGUUCUUCAUCAGUGUCAAAAAUGGCACGGUUUAUGGCGGCAUUGGCUUUGGCCUACAUGUUUGAUGGGAGAAUGGAUGAAUUUGCUUUAGUUGGCACCUUGUCAGAAAGUGUUUCUAAGAGUGUUGGCUUGGAUGGAGCCAGAAGGAUGGCUCUGAAACACAUCGAAGCAUUUGUACGAAUGUUUUCUAAUCAACAAGCAUUUGCGGCCGCAGCUUCUUCGUCAGCCCCUGCAGCACUAGCCCAAGUUACUGAAAGUGCCCGUAUUCAAGAAGCUGGACAUCUUAGAUGCAGUGGUGCUGAAGUUGGAAGAUUUGUUACUAUGCUACGAAAUCAGUCAUCAAUACUCAAAGCUUGUGCAGCAUUUGCUCUUCUUCAGUUUACGAUUCCUGGUGGACGACACGCCGUCCACCAUGCCCGUCUCAUGCAGAACGCAGGGGCAGCAAGAGUUCUACGCAGUGCGGCUGCGGCAGCAACCGCCCCUCUCGAAGCAAAAAUCUUUGCCAGGAUUGUUCUUCGUAAUCUCGAGUAUCACCACAUAGAGCAUACCGUGUAG